CCGCGACUGCUAGCCUGCAACCAACAGUGAACAGUCACCGCCAGCCGCUCGUUAGAGCAUACCGCCCCCACAGGGCGCACCGCAGCUAUCGCGAACAACCCCCAAUCGUGCUACGAACUACGUUCAGUGCUAAUGCGAACUUUUGUUAACGUUUUUGACGAUUUAUGAUAAUAAACAUCGGGUUCGCCGAAACUGGAUCUUUAACUGAACAAUUGCAGAAUCCCAACUGAGAAAAAUGGGGAGCAGCGAAGGUCAACAAACUUUUUGUUUGAAAUGGAAUCACCAUAAAACCAAUUUGGUAGAAAUAUUGGAGGCUUUGAUCAAAGUUGAAACAUACGUCGACUGCACUCUAGUGGUUGACGACCAGGUUACAUUCAAAGCACAUAGAGUAGUACUAGCAGCCAACUCUCCGUACUUUCAAUCUAUACUAGCCGACGUGCCUAUGGACCAUUGCAGCAUUCUUUUUCCAGGCGUCAAAGAUUUUGAAAUGCGCGCUUUGCUUGAGUACAUGUAUACAGGCGAAGUAAAUGUCACACAAGCUCAUAUUCCUCGCAUCAUGAAAGUUGCAGAACAACUUGAAGUUAAAGGUUUGUUCGACAUGACUGAGUUAAGACGACGUCCAGGAAGUAGUGAGCGGACUCCCGCCGUAUCUCCACCACGGGUUGUACCUGCUGCACCAUCGAGUGUGUCACCACCCGUACCAAUUAAUCGUUGGCCACCCCCGCCAACGGCACCCGUUCUUUCCGCCGCAUACGACUCUGCCGACAUGAACCCUUUAAAACGUAAAAAAUUAUCAAGUAUGUUAGCGACACGUGACACUCCUAUUUUAAGAAACGUUCUCGCUCAAGCAACUCCUGUAGAUUCAUCUCAGCCCAUGUCUCUCGUAUGCCAUCCCCUUAGUCAACAUGAGUCGACUCGGUUACAUUCCAACGGGUCAGCACAUGAGUCUGAACGACCAAUGAGUCCGCAGCGUCCUUUCGAUUACCGACCCCGUCGGUUGUCAUCGAGAGCUUCUUCCCCGCAUUAUAAUCGAUCUGAUCGUUCAGAGGAUGCACAUUCCCCUUACACGGAAAGAUCUUUUGAAGAGGAUAAUCAACGCACUUUUCAUCCUUCUCCCCCUCCGACCAAUUUUCAGCAAGAUGUUAGAGCUGGCCUAGCUCCUUAUGUUCCACCGCAACAGAAACCUGAAUGGAAAAGAUAUAAACAGUACACGAGGUCUGAUAUUAUGUCAGCUAUUGAAUGCGUGCGAAAUGGAAUGAGCGCUUUACAAGCCUCGCGUAAAUAUGGCGUUCCAUCACGUACGUUGUACGAUAAGGUGAAAAAACUUGGCAUUACGACGAGUCGUCCGAUGAGUCGCGGAGUGAAACGCGAAUCGAACGGUGCCGCAUUUCCUUAUGGUUUAAGUGGAACCGGUGGUAAUGACGAUGUAACACCUUCAACUCCACUUAUUGACCCAUCUUUUUUACAACAAGCUCUAGAAGGAGCAACGAGGGAUGGUGGCCGGGAGGCUUUACAUGCUAUGGCAUUAGCUGCAGCAGCGCAUGCUGCACUAACUCCACGAAGUCCGCCACGAUCAACACCUCAUUCACCUCGAUCACCACCUCCAGAUGAUGACCACGUCGAAGAUCUUUCAAUAGCCCGGCGACGUGAUCCAGACCCACCUUCUGGUGUUAUUGUGCCACCCCGUAACUUUGCUCUUGACUGCAAAACCGAAAGAGAUUGAACAGUGUAACAAUAACAUAAUUAAAGUGAAAAUAAUGAGAACAUUCGUAAAGACUGAUUUAGGCGUACAAAGUUAGAAAUAAGGCACUUAAUGGUAGGCUACGGGUAGGACGCGCCGCGCGCGUAUGCCUUGCUGACCGGGCGCUCCGGCCGGGCGAUUGCAAUGGGCCCCGCGGCCACAUUAUAAAAUCUUCUACCUCUCUUCUUCUCUAUUUAUUUCUUAACGCUAUUAGUACCCAAUAACGAAAUAAAAUUUCCGUUUAAGGGUAUGGCGGUGUCUUUUGUGAUUUAUGUUUGUUUAUUUUCUUCUAUAGUUUCUUUAUGUUUUAUAACUUUUACGUCUCUGUUAAUGAAAUACUUAGUGUUUAAGUUAGCUUUAACUAGCAUGUAUCAUUGUAUAAGUUGUAUUUGUGUAGAGUCGAUGAUCAGGAAGGCUAUUAAGCCUAAAAACGUGACCUCAGGUAGGUCCGCCUGGACGAGUUAUUGUGCAAUUUGUUGUCCGCGACUGUGAUGUUUAUAGACUGAAAUGCCGCCAUUACCUCACGCUCGCUACAGUUUAACUCUAGUCUGCAGCAACGCACGAUGUCAUUUUUGUUCAAUAAUUUGUCGACGAUACUGAGAUUGAAUUUGAAGAGAUCGUGCGUAGCAUUACGCUCAUAUCACUAUGUAUAGCGACGUAUUUUUAAUCUACCUUACUAUUUAACGAAGUAGUUAUUUGUCAUUGUUUGCGAUUUGCCAUACUUGUUCAUUGUUGAUAACUAGUUUUAUUCACAUUUUCUCCCAAACAUUGAUUGAUUUGCACAAGCACUGUCGUUUUUAUUAGUAUUAAGGAUUCAAACACGUAGUAACUAGUAAGUAUGGAUGCUCAAUCAUAAAAAAUACGACCAUAUUACGUAUAUAUUAUGGUAAAACAUUUUUUUUCUGAUUUGUAAUACGUAAUUAUGUUAAGUUUAUUUAA